AUGCACAACAUCAAUCUUGCUUACUUGGAGGUUGAACGGCAAAUGCAGGCAACCUACGAGCAUCAACAAAGGGACAACCGCGCAAUCCGGGUCCAAACUGAGGCCUCCUUCGUUGAGCAGGAGAACACCCGCAAACGACUUCAAGAUGAAGAAGCAGCCCUGCUACCGUUUGCUCUGGGUGCAAUGGGAUGCCCAGGCGUUUUUCGUCAACUUCGCACGUCACGAAGCGAUCGGGCUUUUGUUACAACAAAGAGGAUUGAUGUGGCGACUUUUGAUAAUCUCCUCAAACAAUUUGCGACCCGGUGGGAUACAAGAACGAUCAGCCGUGGCGAUUUGAACCCCAAUGGGGAGCCUCAAAUAGGACGGCGUUGUCUGGAUGCACCUAGCUGUCUGGGUUUAGUUCUACACUGGCUUUGCUCGACAAUGGCGGCGUACACCCUCCAGCAACUGUUUGCUAUCACCGGUUUGGUGUGUUCAAGAUACCUAGCUUAUGGAAUGGACCUCCUCUUGGAAGUCCUUCAAGAGCAUCCUGAAGCGCGUUUCUUAUGGCCAACUAAUGGAUUAAAUUUACCGGUUUUAGUCUCAGGCUAUGAAGAUUGCAUCUUUGUCUUUGCCCCAGAUGGAUCAAUCAUGUAUGUGAUCCUCAAUGCCCCAGGAUCUUGGCACGACUCGACUAUUGCGGAGCCACUGUAUGAGCAGCUCCUCGAACAAACACCUGUUGGAUAUUGA